AAUGAAAAACACUUCUGGUCCCAAGCAUUUCAGAUAAGGGAGACUCACCUUGUACCUAUAGAAAGAAAAUGUGCAGUGAUAGUAUCUGGUAUGCAAAUAUUUGGUGAAUAUUAAGAAUUUCUGGAAACCAGAUAAGAAAUUCAAGUGUGCAUGUGUGUAUGGGUUUGGGUUGGUUUUGGGUUGCUGUUUUUUUGCAUUACAAAUAUAGACAUACUGCAAAGACAAGAAGGUGCUGCAUAUAAAAGUGCAGGAAUUUUUAUAGAGGUGGCUAAAGUGCUGCAGUCUUGAGGGAUGGCACUUUGCCUUUGCUGAACAAUGCAGAACUAAAAUCCAGCACAGGCAGAAAUAAACUUUUUUACGAGGAACCUAGCAGCAUACAGAAAUUGACUUUUGUCCCUGCUGGCAUGUUUCCUGGUUCUUGAAUGACAGCUUCUAUUAACUUUAUUAAGGAAUUCACAAGCUUUGAGAACUGGGGUGAAGAGCUGUUUCCCAGAAUGACCUUCCUUCAUUGACGUCAAGCAUGGAUGGGAAGAAAUGCAGCGUAUGGAUGUUCUUACCUCUUGUCUUUACACUGUUUACCUCAGCAGGAUUAUGGAUUGUAUAUUUUAUAGCGGUAGAAGACAACAAAAUUAUUCCACUAAAUGUGGCAGACAGGAAAUCAAGUCCCCUAAAGCCACCAUAUAUAAGUGUUGCAGGUGAUGCCCCUCCUGCAAGCUGUGUGUUUAGCCAAGUCAUGAACAUGGCAGCAUUUCUAGCACUUGUUACGGCUGUCCUCCGUUUUAUUCAGCUCAAGCCAAAGGUCUUGAACCCAUGGCUCAAUGUCAGUGGCUUGGUGGCUUUAUGCUUGGCCUCCUUUGGAAUGACUUUACUGGGCAAUUUCCAGCUCACCAAUGAUGAAGAGAUACAUAAUGUUGGCACAUCCCUGACUUUUGGUUUUGGCACCCUGGCCUGCUGGAUUCAGUCAGCACUAACACUCAAAAUAAACUUGAAGAAUGAAGGAAGAAAAGCUGGGAUUCCACGAGUUGUUUUAUCAGCAGCAAUCACCCUCUGUGUAGCCCUUUAUUUCAUUUUGAUGGCUCAGAAGUUUCACAUGCAUGCUGCACGGAUACAGUGGGGAAUGGUGAUGUGCUUCCUCUGCUACUUUGGCUCCUUCGCUGUGGAGUUCAGGCACUACCGGUUUGAGAUCAUCUGCUCCGAGUACCAAGAAAACUUCCUCAGUUUUUCUGAAAGUCUCUCUGAAGCAUCUGAGUACCAGACGGAUCAGGUGUAAUACAAUCUGUAUCUUUUUCUUUGUCAUGGUGUCGGGAGGCCUGCCAUUACAUGCUUGAACCAGAGCUUGGAAAAGUUGUUUGCAGUCUUAAUUUUUUUCCCCAAGCUCUGGUUUGAACUCAUGGCCCCAUUUCUCACCCUUCUGUCUUUUUUUAAAGUACUGGUUCAUUUUCACAUAACAUAAUCACAAGCAAGUUGCCAAAAAGCUCUCCAUUUGGGCAGAGCUAGUUUUUAUCAGAGAGGGCUCUUUGUCCUCAUUUUCUCAGAAUGCAUUUUCCAAUACAACAUGAUAGCAUUGGACUGAAUAUUGUCCAGUUCUGAUUACAUCGUUCUGGGAGAAAUGGAGAAAUACACAGUCUAAUUACUUCAUAUUGCUGAUUGUGUUGUGGGGAUAUAUUGCAAGAAAUAGAUAGCAAAAGGAGACAAAGGGCAUAUCUUCUUGGGCUGAAUGAACCAUUCUGCCCCACCCUGUCCUCACUGUGCCCUGUCAUCAUGAUGCAAGGCCAAAGCCCCAAUUCAAGUGUGGACUGUUUUCACGACAUAAAGCCAGUUUUGCAACUAAUCUAUCACAUCCUUCCCUUAAACUAGAUUUCACUCUUUAUUUUCCAGGAAAACCCAGAACACUCUGGAAUGAUGCCAGCCAAGUGUCUACACAUGCGUCCCACUGUGCUGCCUGGCACUGGUGCCAAUGAUUCAGCUCACUUCGAGAUCAUAACGAGGGGCCCAUACAUGUGAUCAAUGCUGGCUCCCUUAUUUUUUACCUCAGAGGGAGUGACAUGUGGCAACAGUGCCAGAAGGCACAACACAACAUAUGUUUAGAUACCUGCUCAGUGUUGUUGCAGAGUGUAGAGGUAAUGGGGAAUAUAGAGCAGGGCCAGAAUACUCCAUGAGCAGCCUGGAAUAUUCUGGCAAGUGUAGACCAACUCUAAGCCUGCUGUAGACUCAUACACAGUGUAGUUCUGGCAUAAGGACAUGUGUUGCUUUGAUGUUGUUAGACUGUAACCCCAUCAGCCCCAGUCUUCAUUGUCAAUAGUGAAGGCUCCUAGGACUUGUGGUCCAAUAGCAUUCAGAGGGCCAUAGCUCCCCAUGUCUUUCCAGUUCCAGUCUAGUGAAAAAUAUCAGGAGUCUUGUAAGUUCCUUGGUGAACUGUCAAAUAAUUGUAUCGCAAGAGUACACUGGGACCUCUUUCCCUGUGGGCUGGUCUGCACAGCAACUUCUCACAUACCCAAUGGAAAUGCUGAAUUGCAGAAAAUGCUCCAGAAUGGGUGUGCCUUAGCAUCCACAGUAUACCAAGGAAUCUGGCCAUGCAGAGAUAAACACAGGCUAUGUUUAUUUCUGCAGACUAAAUUUGCAGGGAUACAACCCAGAGUGUCCUCUUUUGUCUUGAAAUCUGGCUGAAUUGGCAGAGGUGGAAGGUGUGUUGUUUGGUGCCCAUUUUCCCUGUUGCUUUUGUCCAGCUCCCUCCCCUGCCUUUUGGAAACAACAGGUGGGGAGGUUGUGGAUGCUGACAAAAGAACCAGAUUUUGUAAAAUGAGUGCAAGCCACGCUGCAUUUGUUCCCUGAGUAAGUCUUUGGUUUUAAAGGGAUCUCCUCUAUUGUGUUUCCUCUUCACUUAAAAAAAUGUCAGGCAGCUUUUAAAAGCCCAGGAGCUCUGCUGGGGGAAAAAUACUGGCAAUCCUUGAAUCAUUCUGGUCUACUAGAGCAGCAGGGUGAGAGGGUGAUGGUGCCUCUUGCUCUUCUCCCUAAACUCAGGGUUAGGAUUGUUAGCUAGUGUUAGGACUUCUGUGCCUUUAAGAAUUGCCUGCCUUAUAGUGGUGACAUUUUGUAGGUGCCAAGCGGUGGACCAAGAUACUUCAAUGAAAAGUCUACAGAUCAGACAGUUCUUAAGACACAGUAGACCUGAAAUCUUUUUUAUAUACACCUAAUAAAUGUAAGAGUCCCGACUCAUGUUGCACAACCAUCAUAUUGGCAACCCAGUGCCAUAUUUCAGAGUGUUGUAUUCAGCUAUGCUGUUAUGUCAAAUAAUUGACACAUCUCUCAUCACAUCAUGCAGCCAAAAUUGUGUUAGAGCAAAAUUGGAGUGGGAAAGGUGACUGGGAGGCUGCAAGGAAGAAGAUGGGAAGGAAAAGACCCAUUGGGCAAGCAGAAGUCUGCUCAUGUGGCACUGGAUUUGGCCCCGAAUCAGGCAUUAGCUGGUCACAUGUGCUGAACCACAGCUGAUCAUUGCAGCUGAGCUUUAUUGGCUGAUAAAAAACCCCAAUAAGCUUGGCCUGGCCUUUUCUUUUGCCUUGAAUAUCUGCCAGAUGUGCAAAAAGCUGCAGCUGAAACUUUUUACAGCAUAGAGAUAAUUAUCAUUAGGAUCUAAUGCUGGAAUGAGGAAUAUCUUUCCCUCCAGAUGUUGUUGAACUUUAACUCCCAACAUCCCUUACCAGCAUAGCCAGUGGUGAGAAAUGCUUGGAGUUGAAAUCUAACACCGUCUGAAACACUUUGUCUAUUCGUGUUGUAAUGUUUGCAUUUCAAGUUGGUGCUAAAAGAAUGGAUCCAGAAACUUGUUAAAAGGCUGACUAUGCUAGUAGAGGAGGAUUUGCAACCUCAGUUACAGGAACAGAUCUUUAGAAUGAAAAAAAAAAUACACAACAGUAUCCUGUACACCUUACAACUGAAUAAAACAUCCAUAGGAUUGGGAUUGCACUGUCCCAUUGGUUUCUCCCUUUUAAACAUCAGUAUUCCUUCCAAAACAUGCAAAAAACAGAGAAAUGAUUAAGGUGGUGAUUAGUCAACACCUUCAAUUGAAAGGUGGGG